GGAAGCGAGAUUGCUUCCUAGAGCGAAGUACACUGAGCGCCUCCGCGGGGAACGCGAAUCGCUCUCCAUGGGGAAGCACAAAAUGGGCUCAUUUCCCCUCCACAACCAGCCCAAUGAGGUUGAUCUACAGCCGAGUUUAUGACGACAGUACCUUAACCAGCACGCACCCUCGUCUCUUCCGAAGAACGCAAUUAGCAUGGUGCCACACCGACUCCUCAAGCUUGCCCUAGCCUUGUCGGCAGCCUCCAAGGCGUUUGGCGGGCCGCUUCCAAAACAAGGCGACCUGGAAGACCACAGAGGCGACCAAGCCUACGAGCCUCGCAAUGCUAACUUCGAGACUGGUAAUCUUGAGGGCUGGCAAGUCGUCCAAGGAGAUGCCUUUGGGAACCGCUCCGUUACCGACUCGACAUCGUACUGGGGCGGGCCUUUCCACCAAGACCAGAAGUACUUCAUCUGGGGCAUCACUCAGGCCGGCGAAUCGGCUGUCGGCGAGCUCAAGUCCAGCUCCUUUCGGGCGAGCUCUGUCCUGAGCUUCCUCGUUGGCGGCGGCUAUGAUCCGGACAACCUCUACGUCGGUCUCGUCAGGGACAGGGACAACCAAUUGCUCCUGAAGCAGACGGGGACCAACGACGAGGCCCUGAUCCGCAUCACCUGGGACACCAGCAAAUGGGCUGGCCAGAUGGUCCACAUCGUGGUCCAUGACAGCAGCACAAGUGAAUCCUGGGGUCAUAUCAACUUCGACGACCUCCGCGUCGGGCGCCGUGCCCUCGGCAACGGAGAUGGCCUGACCUUCCAAGUUAUCGGUCAAGCCAACCAACCGCCUUUUCGCAACUCACGCGCAUGUUCGCUGUACGCCGCGGACCCGCUGCGCCCGCAGUAUCACUACACGCCUUACCAAGGAUGGAUCAACGAUCCGGCCGGCCUUUCCCAGUGGAGAGGACGCCACCAUCUCUUCAGCCAGUUUCACCCCGACUCCCCCAUGUGGGGCCCAAUGUACUGGUCCCAUGUUGUGAGCACGGAUGCGGUCCAUUGGCGUGAGCUUCCUGUCGCCCUCUCUCCGGCGAAGACAAGCAUUCCCGGCGACGAGUCAGGCCGGUUCACCGGCAGCGCCAUGGUCCACGGCGGAGAGCUUCAUCUCGUCUUUACAGACUACGUUGAUACGAGGGCCCAUCCCGGCGCAGUCCAGGAAAGCGUCGCCGUUGCCAGCAGCAAAAGCGGCGACAAGUUCAAGCUGUCUCCAAGCAAUCCCGCGAUUCCCGGCCCGCCAGCGGGAGCCCCUGUCUUCUUCCGUGACCCCAAGGUGUUUCACGACCCGACAGACAACUCGUGGAAGAUGGUUCUUGGUGCGACCAACGGUGCCUCGGGACAGGUCCAGCUGUAUCGUGGCUCCGACCCGUUUUCUUGGUCCCACAUUGGCGUCAUGUAUACUGGGGACGGGAGCACUGGGGCGGUCUGGGAAUGCCCCAACUUCUUCCCCGUCGGCGACAAGUGGGUCCUCUUUUAUGGUGGGAACGGGUUGGGGCUGUACGAGACGGGCACAUACAACGGCUCGGUGUUCACGAGCGAGAAGCGCGGACUCGUCAACGCCGGCCCGGCAAGCUACGCCAUGCAGUGGUACAAGGACGAGUCCGGACGCAACCUCGCCAUCGACUGGAUGGGCAACUGGCCGACCUCCAAGUGGCCAACCCGUGCCAACGGCUGGGCCGGACAGCAUUCCGUUACCCGGGAGCUUUUCCUCAGGGAGGACGGAGGCCUGGGCAGCCGGCCCAUUGCGGAGCUCGACAGUCUGGCGAGCGGCCCCACGACGAAGCUGGGCCCUCUUCAAGUCGGCGAACAAGCCCGCAGCAUUGCCAGCACGAACACUGCAAGGGUGAAGCUCUCCGUCGACCUCGGCGCCACGAGCGCCUCUUCCUUCACGCUGGCCCUGUUCCAGUCCAAGGCGGAGUCCACCCUCCUCACCUACGAGAUCGAAAGCCGAAAACUUACCUUGGACACCUCCAAUGCUGGCUACGGCCAAGCGGGGCAAUGGGACGCGGUCCUUGCCGAGCCUAAAGACAACAAGCUGACGCUGGAUAUUUUCCUCGACCGUGGAAUCCUGGAGGUCUUUGUUGGAGAUGGCACUGUCAUGUCAGCAACGGUCUGGCCUCGAUACAGAGAAUCGACAGGCAUCAGCGUGAUUGGGAACAAGGGAACUUUGGCCUUUGGGGCCAUCUCGGUCACGCCUCUGAGUUCGAGCUGGUGCUAGAUAGGUACCUUUAGUACGGUAGUUGGAAAGGUCGACAAGAUGCGGUUUGCCGCUAGCGUGGACUCCCACUCAGCCCAGUCACUCGACAGGCUUUCCCGUGGCACAUCCUGGGC